UCGUGUACUUCGUGCGGUUGACUAGAAAAAUCAAACCAGCCGAACUUAAAAAACUCCUUCUAAAUAGAUUUUCAUUUCUAAGACAUUUACCCUCCAAAAAAAAACUAAACACCCCCCACCGCCCAGUGAAACCAGCGGCGUUGUGGAUACAUUAUUUUUUGCCAUUGUUUGAACACAAAUUCGAAACUCAACUAACAACAUGAUGUCCUUCAAGUCGUUCGUGCUGCUUAGUUUAUCCCUCGCUGCCAUCAGUGCCUUUGCCUACGCCCAGAUCGCCCCUGGAUCCAACGCAUACCUCCCGCCCACCAAGAACGGCUACGACUACUCGGAGCCCAAAACCCCAUUCAAGCCCGGCCCACCUGGCAGACCAGCAGCGCCCGGACCUCGGCCACCAGCACCACCCGGCACUCCUCGCAACAUUCCCGGGCAGCCAGCCGAUGACCAUGUCCAUGUGCCUGGCAUGCCUUACGAUUUCGCGUACGCCGUUCAGGACCCGGAGACCGCCAACGACUAUGCGCACAAGGCGUCCAGCGAUGGCGACGUGGUGACCGGCGAGUACCGCGUCCAGAUGCCCGACGGACGGACCCAGAUCGUCCGCUACACCGCCGACUGGAAGACGGGCUACCACGCCGACGUGACCUACGAGGGCGAGGCCACGUUCCCGCAGGGUCCCCAGCCAGGAGCACGAGGAGGCGGCGGCGGUGGUGCCGGUGGUGCCGGCGGGUACAAGUACUAGGCUUGGGUGUUGCUUCGACUGGGUCAGCUGGCGUCACAUAUCUUGCGAAACGUGUAAGCCUUACGAUAUACCAAUAAAAAGUAUUGAUAAACUAAA